AUGGCACAAAGGAAGAAAAAAUUCACGAAGAAAAAACGACAUAUGGGGAGUAAAUUAAAAGAACCCGAUUUGGAUUCGGACGGUGGCGAAUUUGAACUGGCUGCCCAGAUGCAAGAUGACACGCCUGAGAGGAAGACCCUCCGCUUCCCCGCCGCAUCGGAGUGCCUCUCCGACGUGGAGCCGGACACCAGGGAACUGGUCAGGGCGCAGAACAAGAAGAAGAAAAAGUCUGGAGGUUUCCAGUCAAUGGGGCUCAGCUAUCCAGUGUUCAAAGGGGUCAUGAAGAAGGGCUACAAAGUCCCUACUCCUAUUCAGAGAAAGACCGUUCCCCUGAUCAUGGACGGGAAGGACGUGGUCGCCAUGGCGCGGACGGGCAGCGGGAAGACAGCGGCGUUCCUGAUCCCGAUGUUCGAGCGCCUGAAGGCCCCGCAGGCGCAGACGGGCGCCCGCGCCCUGAUCCUGACGCCCACGCGUGAGCUGGCGCUGCAGACCAUGAAGUUCACCAAAGAGCUUGGCAAGUUCACCGGCCUUAAGACAGCACUGAUCCUGGGAGGAGACAGCAUGGACGAUCAAUUCGCUGCUCUGCAUGAAAACCCAGAUAUCAUCAUUGGCACCCCCGGCCGUCUGAUGCACGUCGUCAUGCAGAUGAACCUGAAGCUGCACGGCGUGGAGUACGUGGUUUUUGACGAGGCUGACAGGCUGUUUGAGAUGGGCUUCGCGGAGCAGCUCCAGGAGAUCAUCCGCCGCCUCCCGGACUCCCGGCAGACCCUGCUCUUCUCCGCCACGCUGCCCAAGCUGCUGGUGGAGUUCGCCCGGGCCGGACUGACGGAACCUGUGCUCUUGCGGCUGGAUGUGGACACCAAGCUGAGCGAUCAGUUACAGCUGGCCUUCUUCCACCUGCGCAUGGACGAGAAGCCGGCCCUCCUCCUGCACCUCCUGCGGAACGUGGUCAAGCCCCAGGAGCAGACCGUGGUGUUCGUCGCUACCAAGCACCACGUGGAGUAUCUGAAGGAGCUGCUGAUGUCAGAGGGCGUGGACUGCGCCUACAUCUACAGCGCUCUGGACCAGACGGCCCGCAAGAUCAACAUCGGCCGCUUCGUCCACCGCAAGGCCAUGGUGCUGCUGGUGACGGACGUAGCGGCGCGCGGUAUCGACAUCCCCCUGCUGGACAAUGUCAUCAACUACAACUUCCCCUCCAAGGCCAAGCUCUUCCUGCACAGAGUCGGUCGAGUGGCCCGUGCGGGGAGGAGCGGCACAGCCUACAGCCUGGUGUGCACCGACGAGGUCCCGUUCGUCUACGACCUCCAUCUCUUCCUGGGACGUCCCUUACAGCUCGCCCUGCCCGAACACCCCCAAGAUGCCGACGGGGUGUUUGGGCGGGUCCCCCAGAGCGUGCUGGACGACGAGGAGGCCCAGCUCAUCACGGCCCACCAGAACUCCCUGGACCUGCAGAACCUGCGUCGCAUCGCAGAGAACGCCUACAAGCAGUACCUCAAGUCCCGGCCCAGCCCCUCCCCCGAGUCAUUCAAGCGGGUCAAGAACACGGAACUCUCCGGAAUGGCCGUGCACCCGCUGCUCGGCUCGGGGUUGGAGAGCAUGGAACUUGACCGGCUGAAGAUGGUAGACAGCAUCAAGACCUACAAGUCUAAAGCCACGAUAUUCGAGAUCAACUCCAGCAGCAAGACGGCGGCCAGCGAGGUCAUGAGGGCCAAGAGGAGCCGGGACACGCGAUUGGUGGACAAGUUCCAGCGGGCGCGCGAGGACCGGGCCGCCAAGGGUCUGAUGAAGUGCCCCGCCCCGCCCAGACCCGCCCCCGCCGACCCGGGACACAGCGAGAGCGAGGAGGAGGACAUCCAGGGGGUGUUUUCCAGAGUGGUGGGGGGGAAGAGGAGGAAAAACUUGGAGGAGGUGGAGGAAGAGGUGGAGGGGGACGCCGCCGGGCCGAAGACGAAGAAGACGAAGACCAGGGGACCUGUUUGUGAUGAAGAGUUCUACAUCCCCUACAGACCCAAAGACUUCAACUCAGAGAGAGGGCUCAGUUUGGGAGGGGAGGGGAGCGCGUUUGAGCUCCAGGCCUCCUCCGCUGUGCUGGACCUGAUGGGGGACGAGGGCGAGCAGCUCAACCAGCACAAGAGCAUGAUGAAGUGGGACCGGAAGAAGAAGCGGUUUGUGCGGGAGACCGGAAAAGAGGACAAGAAGAAGAAAGUGAGGACGGAGAGCGGGCAGGUGGUCAGCUCGAAGAAGAAGAAGAGCUUCUAUGAGGAGUGGAAGAAGAAGUACAAGAUGGACGACGGAGGCUCUGACUCUGAGGGAGAGACAGGAGGAAAGGGGAGGAGGCCCGGUGGAGGCCGCAGAGGACGGCGGGGCCCCCAGCAGCAGCAGCAGCAGGCGGAGCAGAAGGGCGGGGCGCGGGCGCGGUCGGAGCUGCGCAGCCGGGAGCAGAUCCUGAAGAACAGGAAGCGGCAGCAGAAGCAGCAGUUCCUGCAGAGCGGCGCCCUGAAGAAGCUGCGCGGUCGCUCCCGGCAACGGCUCGGAGAGGUCAAGAAGUCGGGCUUCGGCCGCGGCGCCACGAAGAAGGGCAAGCUGAGGAAGAGGCUGUGAGGGGCGGGGCCUGGGCCGGGGGGGCGGGGCUACGGGCGGCCAGCCGCCACUCACUGCCGGGUGACCCGAGAGAAGGAAGGGACUGGACUACAUGGUUGGUUGUUGAGAUGGGUGGGGUUUUGAGGGGGGGCGGGGUUUGCCUUUUUUUUUGGGAGACCAGCGUUUCUUACUGUCUCCCCCUCCCACCCCUAAACUUGAGUACUCAAAGCCAGGCUUGAACCAAUGACUUUUUAUUACAGUGCACAUCGUUCUUAAGAAUUCUCCAAACCUUAUUUGAUUCUCUGAAGCAUUUUUAUGAAACAAAACCAUAAUUAGUGUUUAGCGUUUUCCACCAUUAAAGCCGUGGCAGUCAGCUGUUCUUGUGAGUGCACUGUAAUUAAUGACGGAGAAGAACCCCAAAGGAUGAUGGGGGAUGGGGCGGAGCCUGUUUCAGGAGGCAGGUUAUCCAGUGGGGGGUGCAUUACCUGCAGUGCACUGGGGGGGGGGUUUCAGAGACUGUGGGUUUCGCUGGGGUGUCCUCAUUGGUCCCCGGUCGACCCAGGAGCAGAACAUGCUCAUGAUCAGGUGUGCACCAGCCCAUUGCCUUACCUGUGCUGUGUGUGUGUGUGUGUGUGUGUGUGUGUGUGUGUGUAAUAAUGCAUCGAGGCUAACUGCCUGUCUCAGUGUCACCUCUGCAAAUGUGUCUCACGUCAAGAGGUGGGGGGUGUGUGUGUGUGUGUGGGCAUGUGUAUGUGUGAGAAACCAGAAUUCGCCAGUCCUUUGUACGACAUUGAAAAACUAGAUCUGUGAAAGGACCCUCAGUUAACCUCUUUUUUUUAAUGAGCCUUGUGCAGCUGCUAGUGCUCGUGUGCAAAUAAAUCCCAGUGCAUCCAG